AUGUCCAGAGGACCAUUAAAUAAGGUUUCUAGUUUGAAAGAAUUGCCGGGAGCAGCAAAAUUGCUGAAGACGAGUAGCUCCAAGCAGGCUCAGAAACCAGUACCCCCUCCCAGAGAAGCAAGGACCCCUGGACAGCACCCCAGACAAAAAGUCGAACUCAGAAGAAAGGAGACUGGAGUAAAGAGGUACAGUCUACAAAAAAGGGCCAUGUGUACCAAGAGGUCAGCGAGCCCCAGGAUGACAACUACCUCUGUACAGGAACGAGGCCAAAUGCUGUGAGUACCCCAGGUCGUUCAGAAGGUCUUUACGACCAGCAACAUCUCAUACAUAUACUGGGUGUG